UUUCGCCACCGGCGCGGAUUUUGUAAACAGAGCUAACUAUGCUAACGUGUCAGAGCCCGGUGCUGUUCCUGUCAUAGUCCUUUAUAAACCACUUUACACACAUUUUAAUUACCUGUCCCUAUUCGACACUAUCUCAUUUAUUAGGAGGUACGUUAUUCAACCGGUGACAGUCUUUUGUAGCUGUUUGAAAACUUUCCGGGAGCGGAUAACGUGGUCAUUGCGGUCCCGGCAACUAGGAUGCUAGCGGAGCGGCCCCUCGCAGCGGCUCCGGCGGGGCCCCGCCAGGCAUGAUCUCAGCCCGCCUGCUCUGGACAGCCUCGCUGCGGAUUGGGAUCCGGCCGAGCCGCCGCUGCUGCGCCAUGAGCCGGGGCAGGACGCCGGUGCGGCGGGUGCUCUGCGUGGCCGAGAAGAACGACGCGGCCAAGGGCAUCGCGGGGCUGAUGUCGGGGGGACAAGCCCGGAGGCGGGAAGGAAUGUCCAAAUUUAAUAAAAUCUACGAGUAUGAAUAUCACCUUUUUGGACAGAAUGUGACGGUAACAAUGACGUCUGUGUCGGGUCAUUUACUGGGUCUAGAGUUUAAAGCACCAUUUCAAAAAUGGCACAGCUGCAAUCCUGUGCUGCUGUUUGAUGCAGAAGUAGAGAAGUACUGCCCAGAAAACAUGAUAAAUAUAAAGCGAACGCUAGAGAAGGAGGCGAGGCAGUGCCAGGCUUUGGUCAUCUGGACCGAUUGUGACAGGGAGGGAGAAAAUAUCGGCUUUGAAGUUAUUGAUGUUUGCAAAGCAGUGAAGCCCAAUUUGCAAGUCUUUCGAGCAAAGUUUUCUGAGAUCACCCCCGGCUCAAUUCGGAGAGCUUGUGAGACUCUGAUAGAGCCUGAUGCGAACGUCAGCGACGCGGUUGAUGUCCGUCAGGAGCUAGAUUUACGGAUAGGUGCAUCUUUCACUCGAUUCCAGACACUUCGCCUGCAGAAGAUCUUCCCAGAGUCCCUGGCCAAUCAGCUCAUCUCAUACGGCAGCUGUCAGUUUCCCACUCUGGGCUUUGUGGUUGAGCGCUUCAAAGCCAUCCAAGCUUUCAUACCUGAGACUUUCUACAAGAUCAAAGUUCUCCACGAGGUUGAGGAGGAAACCGUGGAGUUCAGCUGGAAAAGAAACCGUCUCUUUAAUCACACGUGCUGCCUUGUGCUCUACCAGAUCUGCAUGGAGGAGCCCAUAGCAACGGUCACCUCAGUAACCAGCAAACCCAAGAGCAAAUGGAGACCGGUGCCUUUGGACACUGUGGAACUGGAGAAACUGGCAUCUCGGAAGCUCAGAAUAAGUGCCAAAGAGACCAUGAAAAUUGCUGAAAAACUCUACACCCAAGGUUUUAUCAGUUAUCCUCGCACGGAGACGAACAUUUUUCCUGCAAACCUGGCCCUCGGCCCCCUGGUGGAGCAGCAGACACACAGCCCAGCGUGGGGGACCUUCGCCCAGCGGGUGCUCGACCAGCCAGGGGGUCCCAACCCACGGCAGGGCAAAAACUCCGACCAGGCUCACCCUCCCAUCCACCCCACAAAGUACGCAGGCGCUCUGCAGGGCAAUGAAGCGCGUUUGUACGAGUUCAUUGUCCGGCACUUCCUAGCCUGUGUGUCCCAGGACGCUUUGGGGCACGAGACCGUGGUGGACAUAGACAUCGCUCGGGAGAAGUUCUCUACUUCUGGACUCAUGAUUAUUGCGAGGAAUUACUUGGAUGUUUAUCCGUAUGAUAAGUGGAGCGCAAAGGUGAUCCCAGUGUAUGAACAAGGCUCCCAGUUCCAGCCCUCUGCUAUCGAGAUGUUGGACGGACAGACGAGUCCACCGCAGCUCCUCACCGAGGCCGACCUCAUAUCACUGAUGGAGAAACACGGCAUCGGCACAGACGCCACCCAUGCAGAUCACAUCGAGACCAUUAAGAGUCGCAUGUACGUGGGUUUGACUGCAGACCAGAGGUUUCUUCCCGGAGAGCUCGGCAUGGGACUGGUGGAGGGUUACAACUCGAUGGGCUAUGAGAUGUCGAAGCCAAACCUGCGAGCGGAGCUGGAAGCCGACCUCAAGCUGGUGUCAGAAGGCAGGAAGGACAAACGGAGCGUCCUGCAGCACCACAUCCAGAAAUACAAGACUGUCUUCAUCGAGUCUGUCAGGAAGGCAAAAAAGUUGGACGAGGCCCUGUCUCCAUAUCUGGGUGCAGCUCUGGACGUCCCGGACAUAGAGCAGCAAGACAUGGAGAUGCCGCUGCCGGUGAGGAAAUGUCCCAGCUGUGGUCGGGACAUGGUGCUGAAGAGGAAGAGGGAAGGAAACGGCAAGUACCUGUCAUGCGUCGGCUUCCCGGCCUGCAAAACAGCCGUGUGGUUCCCCGACACCGUCCUGGAGGUCAGCAGGGAUGAGAGUGUUUGUCCCACAUGUCAGCCGAGCCCCGUUCACAUGUUGCAGUUGAAGUUUCGUCGGGGCAGCCUCCCUCCCAUGAUGCCGCUGGAGUUCGUGGGCUGCAUCGGUGGCUGUGAUGAGACGCUCAGGGAGGUGCUGGACCUGAGAUACCUCAGAGCAGGGGGAGGGGGGGUGGGAGGUGGAGAUGGAGGUGGAGGGGGAAGUAGAGGGGGAGGUGGCAGAGGACACGGGAGAGGCGGAGGGGGGGGAGGAGGGGGCAGACGAGACGACCCUCGGCCUCCAGCUCCGAAGCUUCCCAGAGCAGCCCCAGCCAGAGCCCUGAGCUCCAACCCUCGGCCCUCCCUGCCUCCCGUCCCGUCCUGGACCCCCCAGCCCAGACCCGCCCCAGGGGGCGGCGGGGUUCCCGCGGAUGCUGGCGGCGACGCCAUCGUGUGCAACUGUGCUCAGGAUGCCGUGCUCCUGACUGUGCGCAAAGACGGGCCCAACCAAGGUCGUCAGUUCUACAAGUGUAACUCGGGGAACUGCAACUUCUUCCUGUGGGCUGAUCAGCCGGUCCAGCAGGGGGCGCCGCAGAGCAGGGGGCCCCCGCUGUCAGCGCAGAGGACACCCCAGCCGCCCAGGGCCGCUCCAGGGUUUGGGAACACAUCUGGAAGUGGAAGAGGGCAGGAAGUGGGGCAGGUAUUGUGCAACUGUAACGAGGCGGCCGUCACGCGCACGGUGCAGAAGGACGGGCCCAACAAGGGCCGCACGUUCCACACCUGCGGGAAACCCAGAGAGCAGCAGUGUGGCUUCUUUCAGUGGACAGAUGAGAACGUACCCCCACCAGGUGGUUCAGGAAGUGGAUUCAUGGGCGGUGGAGCCGGAGGGAACAAGGGCAGGAGGACAGCGGGAGACGGUAACGCCAGCAAGCCCCCCACUGCUAGGAAAACCCGCACCUGCGGCAUCUGCCACAUGCCGGGACACACGCGGGUCACCUGUCCGCAGCGCUGAGCUCUGGGGGGGGAUUUCAUUUAGAAAUACCGGACAACUGAGGGGGGGGGGCUUCUUCUGCCUUGUAAAGUCACUGUCUCAAGAGGAUAAGGACGGCUUCCAUCGGCGGCUCCAGACAGAUUUUAAUGAACCAUUCGCAGUGCGAUGUGUUUGACAUGUAGAUAUAAAGCCUUUUGUGCUUCACGUACAACUUUAUUCUCUUGUUUUGAAUUGGUCCUGCUCUGUCAGCAGAUCUUUAUCCCGCUUGUUCAAGAUGAAUGAUCCUUGUCUGGCACGUCUACAAGUCAUAAACAUGUUUUUAGUUUUGUUUUGGCCAAACUGCAAAAAACAAGCAAAUGUUUUACAGAAAGGACUUCAACUGUUGAACUGUUCACUCACAACAUUGUCUACAAGUUACAAAAUGCAAGUUUCUCUUCUUUUUACCGCUGAAGAAAAGAUCUCUCAUCACAAGUCGAGAUGCAGCAACACGUCACGGGGUGAAGUUGAACUCCUUUUAGGUGUUUGUCACCACAGUAACCUGAACUGUUAAUUGGUUGUUUUCUCUGCCGGCCUUGAAAUCAAAUUAUUUCCUCAUCCGUCAUGUUUCUCGUUCACAAUCUUUGACUGAGUUCUGCUGAACGGAGGUGAUUCAUUACAGCUUUUUAAUGAGCAAACUUGCUUUAACAGAGGAUGCAUCAGCACACAGGUUAUGAAAGACAUGAUAAUUAGUAGGACGGAUUAACAUGCUGACUUUUAUUUUUGGUCAUCGUCAUAUUCCACGGUCUUUAACCGGAGCCAAGUAUGUUGCAUCUGGGGAUUUAUGACAGUUGUAAAACCUUAAAGUAUAUUUUUACCCUGCAAAUAUAAUGAUGCAAAAAGUGAAAGCAUUUACUUGUUUUUC